UUUGAACCAAUUCUAUUGCAUUCAUAUAGAUCAUGUUUUUAAACUAUACUAGAUUAAGCAAGAGUUUCUGGGUUAUGCAUUAAGGUACUUUUUAAACAUUCUUGUUGUGAGGAUAAUGGCUACUAAUAGUUCUUUUCCCAACACGCGUCUAGGUGCCGAACGUACUCAAGAGAAGGAAUAAAACAAUGGCGGUGCAGGUCAGACGUCGCUCAUUGAGACUCAGUCAAAAAAAACAAAACAUUGAAAAGGCAAAUGUCCAUUCCCCACCAGCCCAACACAGUAAAAAAAGGCUUUGUAAUAAGAGGUCCCAGCAGAGCAGUUCAAUGCUAAACCAGCACAAUAACAAUAACAAAGAUGAGUGGCAAUGUCUUAAGUGUUCACAGAAAGGUAAGUGGAGAAAUUCCAGAACUUUCGUCUUGAAAGUGGACUGCUUUACAACACUUCUCUUGGCAAUAACAAUUGGUAUAGUCUCUGGAUUGAUUUACUGGAACAUGCUUCAAGGAUGGCAGCAGAAGAAGCUCUGGUUUUGGCUUAAACUUUUUCCAGCAACUAUUGGUCUGCUGUUUAUAAUUGACUACUGUGGCAACAACUGCAAAAAAUUCCCACUGAACUUAAUUUUACCGUUGAUGAUUACUGUUAUCGAAGGGCUGGUGCUUGGAGUGGUUUCAUCCUUCUUUGCUGCCAUGACAGUAAUGCAGGUUGGAGGAAUAACAGCAUUUGUGACGGUGAUGCUAACUUGGGUUGCUCUAAAGUCAAAAUUGAACGUCACUUGUGAAGCUGUGCCCCCCUGGAGUGUGGUCUCAAUGUUGGUCAUCUUUGGAAUUCUCUGUAUCUUUAACAGAUCACCUACACUACAGCUAAAUUAUGCUUUGUUUGGAACGCUGAUCUUUGCAAUUCAUUUGAUGAAGACACAAGUUAGAAUCAGAAGAGAAUCCACAAAGGAUCAAGAGCCCAUCGACUAUGCAUUGAAUCUCUACAUAGACAUUGUAACCCUUUUCUUCUUUAUGCUGCAGUUAAUGGAGCAGCAACAAGCUCUUAUUUUGGGGUGGCGAGUUGGUAAGCCUCCCACAUAUUGAGAGAAGUACACUACGUGGUGAGACUGACUUUUAGACUGAACUGUUUUUAUCCAUAUAGGUCCCCUGCUUCUUGGUCCCUGUGGAAAGGGGGCUAGGUUACUGUUGUGGAGACUGUUAGCGUGGGAGUGUGAAAAACACUAGUACAGUGGUUUUUUGAAACUUUUUUUUUUGCGGACCACUUGAAAAUUACUGAGGGUCUUGUCGGACGACUUAAUGAUCUUUCCAAAUGUUGUUUGUACUGUUAGCUAACUACUGUAUUGUAAAGUACUUUG